AGGGGAUCCAGAAGGGCUCGCCGUGCCUGCUCGGUUCACGCAUUCGAUGCCCCGCACUUCCUCUUCUUCGGAGCGCCGCAUUUUCUUGCGCUCCACUGUCGCCCGAUCGCACAAGGAAGCCGCACCAUCGUCUCGCGGUGGCACCACCGAGUCGUGCGCGACACUUCGCCCCUCCCGGGCCCACAGAGAGAGAGCGGAUGGCGGCAGAGUGGGGACCCAGGCCGGAGCUGCAAGGCACACGAAUCGCGGCACUGCAUUUCAGCGACCGUGGCGCAGGACACGGAGAGGCAACGAUAGGGGGGGGGAGCUGGCGCUCAGGGCGCUUUCGGGCCAUGACGCGAAUCUCUGGGCACCGUGACCCAGGCUGAGGAAGCACGCUCCGAGGCUACACAGGCUGCAUGAGGGCCUUCGCCAUCCACGCGAGUCGCACGAAAGAUAUGCCUCGCUUCGACUUUGCGCGUUGGAACGUUGUGCACAAAAACAUGCUGGUGGGGUUCGUGGGUCUGCGCUCCACGCUUAAGAUUGGAAUAACCAUUACAUGGAACGCUCGAAAUACUACAGCAUGAAAUGCUCGAAACACUACAGCACACUAGGAAGCAUAUCACUACAGCACGCAUGAAGGGCUCGAAAUACUACGAAAUGGAAUUGUCAAAUCGCUCGCAAGAGCAGGGGGCGAGGAAGAGGAUGAGGAGGCAAAACAAAAUGUUGUGGAGGAGGGAGGAGAAUGGAGAACAACCGCGAGGCUCCACUGAUGGUGCCACGAAUGCUGCUGCUCGCUGUAAGCGCCGGCCUGGGCGGACAAAUCCUGCCCCCCAUGGGUAUCUACGAGGGGAGGCAAAACAUACGCGACGCGAACGCGGGUAAGGAGAGAGCCAUCACUUCAAUCGGCGGAUUGAUCCAGAGCAAGCUGGACAUCAACCGAAGGUCUAAGCAAAUACUGUACGCACCUAGCGCCUCGACACGCGUGCAGAGGUGCUACCCCUCUCUCAAAUUACUGAGGCGCUGCUGGGUGAAACUGGCAGUCCAUGGGCACACGCUGUGCGCGGCCACUGGGUGACGACUGAAGGUCCGAUAAACGUGCCCCGUGGGCAAAGUGCUCCAGUGGGUCGACCCAUGGGUGAAACUAUCGGGUGGAGCGUUAGGUCGGGCAUGUCCCCCUACAGGCGAUGCUUGGGCGAAAAAUUACAAAUUGAGGGACACGCCCGACUUAAGUGGAGCAGGGCGGAGCCAGGGCUCGGCACGUGAGGCGGGAUCAGCGAACGAGGAACUGUUUAGAGAGGAGUGCUCCACCGUGGGGGGGGAGGAGAAGGAAAAGGAGGAGGAGGAGGAGGAGCCAAGGAGGGGAAGGAGAAGCGGGAGAUGAAGCAGAAUCUGAAAGCAGCGCAAAGCGAAGAUCAUAUGUUUCGGGGCGGCGAGCUGGGCACCUGGCUUGCUGCUCUGGCAACGCAAAACCUUUUUCUAGCCAGAGCUCAGCUCCUCCUCUCCGCUCCUUUGCCCGCUCCGUCCCUUCCACGCUCCUCCAUUCCAUCUACUCUCCCGUGCCGCAUCCUCCCACCCUGAUGCCUGCACAGAAGCCGUGCGCCAGCCUUUGGCACGGCGCUUGGGCACCACUGUAGCCAGUGACCAGGGUUUGUGGUCAGGACGCGCGGGCGGAAGAGUGCGCAACUGGCACCCCUGCGAGCAUGAUGCGACACACCAAGACACAGCACCCAACUGCGAAGCAGAAAAAGUGUCACAGCGCGACCCUGCCUAGGAGUUGGAGCCUCUAGGAAAGCAACAUUAGUAGGAGCGGUAGACGCCGUCCUCCUUCUCCUCAUCGUCGUAAGUGUAGCA